GCUCUCUCCAGUUUCUUUUUGGAGGCUUUCAGAGAUUCCAUAUUAAUAAAAGGCCAAAGACUCUGGAACCCGCCAAUCACACCUUUUACAAUGGAUUUUCAGGACUCAGACUGCAGAUGCCGUCUGAUAGGGCAUCGGCAACGUUCCUAUUGCAGUCACAGUCAGAGGCACUCCCUGACCCAAAAAGGCAUGGCGAGGCCUAGGUAUCUCCGUGGCCUGGGGAUGUGCAUUACCGCGGUGCUGGCCUCCUUCAUCGCGGGCUUUACUGUGGGCUGGUUUAUUAAGCCUCUCAAAGAAACAACUACUUCAGCUGGUUAUCAUCAAAGUAUACAACAGAAACUCUUAUCUGAAAUGAAAGCUGAAAACAUCAGAUCAUUUCUUCGUUCCUUUACAAAACUUCCCCAUCUGGCAGGAACGGAACAAAAUUUACUUCUUGCCAAGAAAAUCCAAAAACAGUGGAAGAAAUUUGGAUUAGAUUCAGCUAACCUGGUUCAUUACGAUGUUCUUUUGUCUUACCCAAAUGAGACCAGUGCAAACUAUGUAUCCAUUGUGGAUGAGCAUGGAGUUGAGAUUUUUAAAACAUCAUACCUUGAACCACCACCAGACGGAUAUGAGAAUGUUACAAACAUCAUACCACCAUACAAUGCGUUUGCAGCCAGUGGCAUGCCAGAGGGAGAGCUUGUGUAUGUCAACUAUGCUCGUACUGAGGAUUUCUUCAAACUAGAAAGAGAGAUGAACAUCAACUGCACCGGCAAGAUUGUUAUCGCAAGAUAUGGGAAAAUCUUUAGAGGAAACAAAGUCAAAAAUGCCAUGCUAGCUGGGGCCAUGGGAAUCAUUCUGUACUCUGAUCCAGCUGACUACUUUGCCCCUGAAGUGCAGCCAUAUCCCAAAGGAUGGAACCUUCCUGGAGCUGCAGCCCAGAGAGGAAAUGUCUUAAAUCUGAAUGGGGCAGGUGACCCACUCACUCCAGGCUAUCCAGCUAAAGAAUACACCUUCAGACUUCCUGUUGAAGAAGCAGUGGGGAUUCCAAACAUACCUGUACAUCCUAUUGGAUAUAAUGAUGCAGAGAGACUAUUACGCAACUUGGGAGGAACUGCUCCACCAGACAAAAGCUGGAAGGGAAGUCUAAAUGUCAGUUACAAUAUCGGGCCUGGCUUUACAGGAAGUGAAUAUUCCAGGAACGUUAGAAUGCAUGUUAAUAACAUUAACAAAAUCACAAGAAUUUACAAUGUAAUUGGAACUAUCAGAGGGUCUACAGAGCCUGACAGGUAUGUCAUUCUCGGAGGUCAUCGUGACUCCUGGGUGUUUGGAGGGAUUGACCCAACCACUGGGACAGCAGUUUUGCAAGAGAUUGCGCAGAGUUUUGGGAAACUUGUGAAUGGAGGCUGGAGACCUAGGAGAACUAUCAUUUUUGCCAGCUGGGAUGCAGAGGAGUUUGGGCUCCUGGGGUCAACUGAAUGGGCUGAAGAGAAUGCAAAGAUCCUACAGGAGAGAAGCAUUGCUUACAUCAACUCAGAUUCUGCUAUAGAAGGUAAUUACACUCUUCGAGUUGAUUGUACUCCUCUUCUAAACCAGCUGGUUUACAAAGUGGCAAGAGAGAUCUCCAGUCCUGAUGAUGGUUUUGAAAGUAAAUCACUUUAUGAAAGCUGGCUGGAAAAAGACCCUUCACCUGAAAAUAAAGAGUGUCCUAGAAUCAAUAAGCUGGGAUCUGGGAGUGAUUUUGAGGCUUACUUCCAAAGACUUGGAAUUGCUUCAGGCAGAGCUCGCUACACUAAGAACAAGAAAACAGAUAAAUACAGUAGCUAUCCUGUAUAUCAUACCAUCUAUGAGACGUUUGAAUUAGUACAGAACUUUUAUGACCCCACAUUUAAAAAGCAGCUGUCUGUGGCUCAGUUACGAGGAGCAUUGGUAUAUGAGCUUGCAGACUCUGUGGUCAUUCCUUUCAACAUUCAAGACUAUGCAAAAGCCUUGAAAAACUAUGCAGCAAGUAUUUUCAACUUAUCCAAGAAACAUGACCAGCAAUUGAGAAACCAUGGAGUGUCAUUUGAUCCCUUAUUUUCUGCUGUGAAGAACUUUUCAGAGGCUGCUUCAGAUUUUCACAGAAGACUUACACAAGUUGAUCUUAAUAAUGCUAUUGCAGUGAGAAUUAUGAACGACCAGCAGAUGCUUCUUGAAAGAGCAUUCAUUGAUCCUCUUGGCUUACCUGGGAGGAAGUUCUACAGGCACAUCAUCUUUGCUCCAAGCAGCCACAACAAAUAUGCCGGAGAAUCGUUCCCUGGGAUUUAUGAUGCCAUGUUUGAUAUUGAAAAUAAGGCAGACCCUUACUUGGCCUGGGCAGAAGUGAAGAAACAUAUAUCUAUUGCAGCUUUUACAAUUCAGGCAGCAGCGGGGACGCUGACCAACGUGUUAUAGGAAGGCUUCUGUCAAGUAGCUUCAUCAAUGGAAAAGUACUGCGUGGUGCCUGAGAGUGAAACUGAUGGAGAGUGGGUCUUGGCCAAAUGGAUUCCCUGCUGACGGUACUGCUGGGAAUCUGAAGAAAAAAGGGCAUCUUUUCCUUUGAUGAUUUAUGAAACCUGACAAUCCUAAAACUGUGAUUGUCAUGACUCGUUUUGUCCUUCUACCUUAUUUAUCUAUAAAGAGGGCUUCUUAACUCUUAUAUGCAUAUCCCGUGGACGUGACAGUGAAAGAGGAAGCAACCCCAGUGCUCACAGGCAGAUGAUUGGAUUCACUGUAGUGUAUACACAUAGCAUGCAUGCAUUCUUAUAUCAAGUAAGCUUGGUUCUUUACUUCACCAAAUAAUUGAAAAUAAAAAAUUAUUUAAUUUUCUCUGUUAGCAUCAAGAAACAUCAAAGGAGAGGGUAUGAACAGAAUAUAAGAGUCAGAGAAUGUGAAAUGGUAAUCUGGACAUUAUCAUUGCACACAUGAACUGUACAACUGUGUUAUCUACACAUAACCAAGCAAAAGAUUCUAGAACAGGCAGGACAUUGACUCAAAGGUCCCACUCGCAAAUGAACAACUACUGGUAGUUAAUAGCUAGGGGAGAGGAAGCUAGUUUUUAAGGUCUAUAGCCACUGGUAAGUUGUCCACUGUUCAGUAAACAGAUGCACUACCACGAACAUGCAAGCAAAUCUAAUUAAAUUUAAUGUAUUUAAAAAAAAAAGCCAUGGAAGUAGUAGAGAGUGUUGGGAAGACAGGUUUUGAAGGGAAUGGGAGAGUAGUAAGAGAUGGGACUUGGGGGUGAAUAUUCUCAAAGUAUAUUAUGCACAUGCAGGAAAUUAUUAAAGAAUAAAAAAUUAACCUUAGAAGAGCACACUAAAAUAGUAAGCAACAGCUAAGCUUGAGCACAGGAAGAAAGGAUCGCACUACUCUUCCAUCUUGGCUAACAAGACAGUGAUUUAAUGAGUGUGGAGUGUCAGACAGACACAAAGCUGCUGAACCCCCUUACGAUGUACAUGAGACAGGUCAGAAAGACAAGGACAAGGCAACUUAGAAAAGAAAGGGAGUCCCUCAGUCAGAGGCUGGUUGAAGUCGUGAAGGAUUACACACUAACAAAGCUUGCUGUUAAGAUUGCCUACAUGGAUAGUAUUAUGUAUAUAGAGCUGUUUUAGUUAAAAAUGUUAAAGUGGUAUUAAGACAUGCUUAGAUUUAGGAUGAGAAUAUGACUUUUUGAGUUUGGGUUUAUUACU